AUCUAAGCUGCUAACUGGCUUUGUCUGCAACUGCAAGCAGAAUAUAUAUCUUACCGAUUAUAAAUUGAAAAUGUUAGUAAGAUAAUUCACUCAUUGCCCAUCAAAGUAUUAUCAUUCCUACCAAAAGUCAAUGACACGCGCUUUUAAUUAAAAAGAGCCGCCAUCCCUGCCUGCCUUUCAAUUCAAAGUGCUCUUCAAUUUUUAUUUCUAUUGACAUCGGAAUUUUCCUUUUUUUUUUUUUGUAUUAUUGAGAGAGAAAGAAAGAGGAUUUUAGAAACAUGAAUGUGGGGAAACCUCCCACUUCUCGGGAUCCAGAUGCUGGUGCCGGAGAAGACGAUAAGUCCGGUGUGGUCAGAACUUAUCAAGCCUGGAAAGGCAGUAAUAUAUUUUUGCUUCAGGGAAGGCUUAUAUUUGGACCUGAUGUCAGAUAUCUCUUUCUUACCAUCUUCUUAAUAGUUGUCCCUGUUACCAUUUUUUGUGUUUUUGUUGCAAGAAAAUUGAUGGAUGAUUUUCCGCAUGACUUGGGAAUAUCAAUAAUGGUCAUUGUUGUUGCAUUCACAUUAUUUGAUUUAAUUCUUCUUCUACUAACCUCAGGAAGAGAUCCUGGUAUGAUACCUCGUAAUGCUCACCCUCCCGAGCUGGAAGGUUAUGAAGUAAAUACUGAAGUUGGGCCUGGCCAAACUCCUCAGUUACAGUUGCCUCGCACAAAGGAUGUGGUUGUAAAUGGAAUUGUUGUGAAGAUCAAAUACUGUGACACCUGCAGGCUUUAUAGACCUCCUCGCUGCUCUCAUUGUUCUAUAUGCAAUAAUUGUGUGGAAAAAUUUGACCAUCACUGCCCCUGGGUUGGCCAGUGUAUUGGAUUGCGCAAUUAUCGGUUCUUCUUCAUGUUUGUCUUCUCUACAACCAUUCUUUGCUUGUAUGUACAUGCUUUUUGUUGGGUCUAUAUCACAAAGAUCAUGAAUGGAGAGAGGAUAUCAUUAUGGAAAGCAAUGACUAAGACUCCUGCCUCCAUUGCGCUCUUAAUCUACACUUUCAUUUCAGUCUGGUUUGUUGGUGGUCUUACCAUCUUCCAUUCAUAUCUGAUUAGUACAAACCAAUCAACGUAUGAAAACUUCAGAUAUCGAUAUGACAGAAAUGCCAACCCUUACAACAAAGGGAUCAUUGAGAACUUCAAGGAAGUUUUCUUCACCAGCAUUCCCCCAUCUAAGAACAAUUUUAGAGCAAAAAUUUUAAAGGAGCCAGCAAUUCAAUCUAGAAGAGUGAGCAGUGGAUUUGUAAGUCCUAACAUUAGGAAACCUGUUACUGCUAGUGACAUAGAGAUGGGAAGGAAGCCAGUUUGGGAAGGCGUAGAAGGAGAGUCAGAUGAUAAUGGAAGGAGGGAUAACAAUGCUGAUGGUCUACAUAAGCUCAGUGGAUCUUCUGAUAUUUCCCCUGAUUUAAGUAGGAUCCUUCCACCAGGUAGCAUUGAAGGUCUAGGUAUCUCACAUCCAAGGCGUUCUAGUUGGGGAAGGAAAAGUGGAAGCUGGGAAAUAUCAUCGGAAUCCGUUGCUUCUGCAGUUGGAGAAUCAAAGCAGGUGACUGAUGGCUGCAAUGGCAACUUGACAGGCCAGACUCAACAAUCUCAGACAAAUUUCAAAAUGUAAAUAAACAGAAGAAAAGAAAAAAAUCAUUACACAAGAAAGAGAAAAGAUUGAUUUUGAGUUGAUUGGAACAAAUACUCUAAGCUGGUUCACAUUGUUGAACUGUCUAGUAUGUUAUCAAGGUGUGUUUUUAUGAAAUGUGGGGUUUUGUGGCCAUCAUCACAGUGCUUCCAAAACAUUGUGUGCCACACUCACUAUGAGAUUCUUCGCUUUUUGAUUCCAAUGUCUACUUUAUUUGUAUGAUUUCAGCAUAGAUUUGAUGGCUUUGAGGCCUGCCUUGCGUAAUAUAUAUUUGUCAUUUCUUUGACACUAAA